AUGGCACACGAAGUGAAACACUUGAAGACAGAACUCAAGACCACAGAUGACAGCAAUGAAGACAUCAGACGACAGCCGCAGAUUUACGCCAAGAACUCAAUGGACAGAUUCGGUGAUGACUUGUAUGAAGUAUUACUGUCUUAUCUCCCACUCGAAGACCGGUUUCAAUGCGAAUGUGUGUCCAAACAGUUCCAGAGGACAGUCUUCGUGAGUGUUGUGGACAUCACUCUUAGCGACAGAUUUAUACAGCGAUUACUUAAUGAGAAGAGAAGUGUCGUUCAAAUGUUGGCCACAUUUGCCAUAAAGUGUCCGAAUAUUCAGACCAUUGACUGCCGAGGAAUAACCAAAGACUACGAGAAACGCGUUCCCGAAGUGUUGGGUAUAUUAAGAGACUAUUGCCGUCGUUUACGAGACAUUAGUUGCAAUUUUGGUGCGAAUAGCCGUCAAAUGAUGGCCACAUUCGGACCACUGGUCACACGAAUCGAUGACAUACACUGCGAUGGAGACAGCAAAGCGCUCACUCAUUGUCACCGAUUGUCACAAUUAAAGAUCCAUUCGUUUCAUGGCAUCUUUGACACGCUUUACAACAUAUCGUGUGUCAAAAAUAUACGCAAAUUUGAGUUAAUAUCACAAAUGUAUUUGGAUUACCGCCUAUUGUCUCCAUUCGUGGCCGCGAAUCAGUCCAUCGAGAGUCUGACCGUAGAGUCCAGUUAUUUUGAAGAUGAAGAAUCGGUGCGCGAAAUGUACCGACAAUUGUCACGAUUAACGCAAUUACGGGAACUGACACUUGAGUUAAGGCUGGGCUAUAGGGACGGCCAGAACCCAGCGGUGUUGACCGACUCUUUGCGCAUAAUUGGCGUGAAUUGCAAACAAUUGAAACGAUUGGCACUCAAGUUGUCCGCAUUUUCUAUCCCACCCUCUCUUCACGUAUUAUCAUUGGAUUCAUUAAUUGUUUUUCGCCGUUUAAAAUGGUUGCGUUUAGAGAUCUAUGCGGCCAUCGAUGACCACUUUUUGGAACCGUUGAGACACUGCAAGCGAUUAACGCAAUUGGAGUUGAAGUUAAGAAAAAUGACACCAAAAGUGGUGACAGAUUUGCAUCAAUACUGUCCACGACUUCACUAUCUAUUGAUUCAUGAUUUUAAUAACAUUAUAGACACCGAGUGUUUGUCUCACAUCUCACGACUACCAGCGCUGCAAACGCUUGUCAUUGAACACAAUCCCAGCAAUAGUCUGACAAAUAGUGAUUUUGAAGAUCUAUUGUCUACAACUCCUAAACUGAAGACUAUUAAAGCCAUUGAAAACUGUUGUUUAGUCCCAAAAUAUUAUUGCCAUUGGCUCAACGGUCUCACCGCUGGCCGACUCUAUAUGGCAUAG